GUUCCCUAUUUGAUUAAAUCUCGCGAGAGAGUACGUGACGUUGGCAAUCGAGCGAAAAAAUCCAAGAUGGAGUUCUUGUCGAAAAUAGUCCGUGUACAUAUUCCAGAUUACCUGAACUCUGUGCCUGUCCCGGACAGCUUUGGCGGCUUCUUGGACCUCACAGCUGGACAAUGGCUGCACCUGUUUGCGUUCAGCGGCACCGUGGCGGCGGCGGUGUACGUGUCGGUGAAACCGUACCUGGACAAGAAGGAUCAGAAAGACCAGCUGGUUAACCUUCGUAUCCAGAAGGAGAGCAGUAAGGUUGUGAACAUGGUGGACAUCGAGGACCUCGGAAACAAAGUUUGCUACUGCCGCUGCUGGAGGUCUAAGAAGUUCCCCUUGUGCGACGGCUCCCAUGCUAAGCACAACGAGGACACAGGAGACAACGUGGGACCUCUGGUGCUGAAGAGGAAGGAUGUAUAGUCCUGCUGCUGCCACGCCCUGAUGCCACACCUUCAGGCCUAAUAAUAGCAAUAACUAACCUGGGAUGACUGGACAGAAUGUACUAGUAUUGCUUGUUCACCUUUAUCCUCGGGGUAACCUAUAUCUGUUGUAGUUUAAAAACAGGGUGUUUACGGAUAUCAAGAUUGUGGUUUCAAACUGCAAUACUUCGUCUUCAUGUCCGUAAACAACCUGUUUUUAAAACAACAGAUAAAGGUUACCCCCCGGCGGAUAAAGUUGAACUUGUGCUACUUACACAGGAAACCAAUUUCAAUCAGUUUUACUCUUCUACACCAAAUCCUUGUCUCAAGUGAAACUUGAAUUAUUUCAUGACAGUGUGUUUGACAUAAGUAGUUUAAAGCUGGCUACAGUACAUGGAUUUGUCCUUCUUUCGACAUACCAUUCAUUCAAUGGGUAAAGUGUGAAAAAGUAACCCAAAAGAACAAAGCUGCUGUUGCAUGUCUACCAUAGUCAUCCCAAUUUCUUAACAAUUUUUUUUCUAAAACAUACUUUUUUAGCACACAGUAACCAUGGCCAUGCAAAUCUCUACUACAGCUCUUCUUGUUAAAAUCCUGACAAAAUCUUAUUUACUCUAAAU